AUGAUGGAUGAUUUCGGUAAUUUGCUGACGUCUUCUACUGCAUCUUUGUGUCUGAUUCGAUUCAAGAAACACACUGUUUUAGAGCCAUGUUAUGCACACGACAGCUGCGCCUCUGAAAAGAAGUGUCUGAUGACAUACGGGAAGCCAGAAAAUUCGCAGGCCAGAAUUAUCACAAGAAAACAGUCUACAGUGCAAUCGGUUUUGACUUCAGCGCAAUAUGGUUCUCUUUCGUCCCUCUGCAGCACUUUGAUACUGCAACCACUGGAUCGCUUGAAAACUUUAUCCCAGCAGGACACUGGCCGUCGAGUUAGCGCUUUCACGAACGCAAGGCUGGUAGUUCAGAGGCAUGGUGUUAUUGAUCUAUGGCGAGGAUCUGUACCAACAAUACUGAGGGUCGUCCCUGGCGUUGCAUUAUAUUUUGGUUUCCUUGAACUUGGUCAGAAAUACAUCGCUCAGUCUGAACAUCCACUUACAGAGAAUUUUCUGUUGGGAUUUGUUUCUAGGUCUUUUGUGGCUGUAACUUUGAUGCCGGCUACAGUUAUCAAAACACGUUUUGAGAGUAACAUCUAUAGAGAUGAAAGCAUUUAUGGAGCUGUUAAGCGUAUAAUGAAAUCUGAUGGUUUCCAAGGUUUGUUUAAGGGCGUUAUACCUACUGUUUUACGUGAUGCUCCGUUUUCUGGUAUUUAUCUAGCUUUUUAUCGACAAAAUAAAAAGUUAUGGGAGAAACAUUUUGGCCAAGUUAAGGCUCUAACCCGCUUUUUCUGUGGGAUUAUGGCAGGGGUUUUCGCAUGCGCGGUUACUCAACCCUUUGAUGUCACUAAGACACAGAUGCAGCUCUAUCCAAAUCGUUUUUCAUCGUCAUUGCAGGUUGUUCGCUCCAUUCACAAGACUGGUGGCUGGCUUGCCUUUUUUAAAGGGUUUAUAUUAAGAUCAUCAAGAAGGACUGCAAUGGCAGCUUUGAGUUGGACUAUUUUUGAUGAGGCAAGUUCCUUCGUCGGUUAA